AUGAAAUUUCCCUUUGUAUCCUCUCAAAACAAUCUCUCUGUUGAUAACAUCGGUGGUAAUCGCUACGAACCCAAAUCCGUUCUUGACAUUCGCCGGAGUCCGCCAAGUCCAUUAACCGGUAAUUCUUCGGACUUCAAUUCCAUUGGUUAUUACAAUACCGUGUUGUUAUCUUCGGAGGAACAGCUGCCGGUGGACAACUUUGAAAAUGGAAUGAUUAAUCAUCGUGAAGAAUGGGAUUCUGAUUCUCUCAUGAGAGAAUUAGGGCUUUAUGAUGAUUCCACAAAAACCGCUUACCCUCUUGAUCUUCCCGAGCUCCCGCCUUUUUUUCAGUCGGAUUUCGAAAGCCUUAAUCCGAAUUCGAACCAGAACCCCUUUGAUUUGAUGAGCCAGCAUGAUGAUGGAAGCGAGUUUGAUUUUAGGGACGAGUUAAUCCGGCUAGCUGAUUGCUUCGAAACCCAGUCUUUCCAGUUGGCGCAAGUGAUACUGGCGCGGCUCAAUCAGCUGUUGCGUUCACCCACCGGAAAAGCGCUUCAGAGAGCUGCGUUUUACUUCAAAGAAGCGAUUCAGUGUCUACUCACCGGAUCGAGUCGGAGCUUUCAGACAUGUAACUCGUAUGAAAUUGUACAGGUGAUUAAAGCGUACAAGACGUUCUCCAUCGUCUCGCCGAUUCCGAUGUUCUCCAGCUUCACCGCCAAUCAGGCGAUCCUUGAUGCAGUGGACGGUGCAAUGAUCGUCCACGUCAUCGAUUUCGACAUCGGCCUCGGCGGCCAGUGGGCAUCGUUCCUGAAAGCGAUUGCGGAGAAGGCGGAAGCUCGAAAGGUUAAUUCACCGGUGGUAAGAAUCACCGCCGUGGUUCCUGAAGAAUACGAACUGGAAUCGAGAUUGAUCAGAGAUAAUCUACACCAAUUCUCUUCCGAUCUAAAAUUCGUCACUGGAGAGAAGACAGCGGUUCUUCUGUCUCCCACGAUUUUCCGACGCAUUGGCGCCGGUUUCAUCAACGAUCUCCGGCAAGUUUCGCCGCACGUAGUAGUAUAUUUGGACGGCGAAUUGAAUGGAUCCGGAUCGUCGUUCUUCCGUCAAACAGUGAUCAACGGCCUAGAAUUGUACACGACGAUUCUAGAAUCAUUGGAGGCGGCAAACGUUGGUGGUGGUGUGACAGGAGGUGACUGGAUAAGGAAUAUCGAGAUGUUCGUGUUGCUGCCAAAAAUAAUCACGACGGUGGAGGAUGCAGGACGCCAUGUGACGCCGUGGAGGGAGGCGUUUGGUAGGGCCGGGAUGAGGCCGGUAGGGCUGAGUCGGUUUGCUGACUUUCAAGCGGAGUGUUUGUUACGGAGGGUACAAAUCAGGGGGUUCCACGUGGCAAAACAGCAAGGGGAGUUGGUGCUUUGCUGGCAUGAUAGACCGCUUGUUGCCACGUCAGCAUGGACUUUUUAG